AUGGACUGGGCUUCACGCCAAAAUCCAGAUUUCAUGUCCUUUUUGGACCACAAUAUCGACUGGGAUCUUCUUAUGGAUUCAACUUUCUUCGGAGACAGCUCCAUGGUUGAGCUGCUGGCGGCCGCUGGAAGCCACAACAGUUUAAUGCCGAAUUUUCCGGAUACUGAAGAGGGUAUGGGUCACGGCAAUGACAUAUCUUCACUACAAUUCGACUUUAAUCAGUUUCUACCAACAAGCAAUACUUUUCAAUACGAGGCAAUUGACCCGACUUUCGAGCUCGUUGGUGAGGAUCAUACGGCAUUAGACACUGCGACAAGUCCAAGCACCUGGAGUUCUGGCAAUACAACUCUUUCACCAACAGACAAAUUUCUCUCGUUGUCCCCUCCGACUGUCUUGAACUGCCAGUUACCAGAAAUGUCCUCCCAUAAUGAAGGUCAACCAGAGAGUUUUGGUCGGUACAUGCCAAUAACUCUGAUGAAUCCCCCAAGGAACCCUACCAAUGUCCAAAAACCAAGAAGACGUAAACGAAAAGAUUCACAGAUGCUAAAGUGA